AUGCGGCCUAGCCUGUUUGUUCCGAUUGUAGGCGCAAGUCUUGCGCUCACCGUUCCCUUGGUGCGCGCGUUAUCCCCGCGCACGCAGAUUGCCGACUCGUACGACUUUGUGGUCAUCGGCGGUGGUCAAGCUGGUCUCGUGCUGGGUGGUCGCCUGUCGGAGGAUUCAAAGCAUACCGUCCUCGUUCUUGAGGCGGGCGGCAAUGGAGACGACUAUCGAGAGCGUAUCGAUACCCCGGCGGAUUCUUACUUUGAUUCACUGUGGACAACCCCUUUGAAUUGGGCCUUCUACACCGUUCCACAGCCCAAUGUAGACGAUCGUGAGAUUUAUUGGCCUCGUGGCAAGGUCCUGGGAGGCAGCUCCGCCAUCAAUGGGUUGUAUUUGACCCGCCCCGGCGAGGACGAGAUUAAUGCCUGGCAAGGCAUGCUCGGUGACAUGGACGGAGCCGACAAUUGGGGUUGGGACUCCUUCUACGCUGCCAUGAAGAAGAGCGAGACGUUCGAUGCGCCAAGUGAUGCUAUCGCUAAGCAGGGAAACAUCUCUUGGGACGCCUCGACUCAUGGCACCGACGGCCCAAUUCACGCCUCGUAUCCUGGCUUUACAUUCGACCAAGUUGGCCAGUGGACACCUGCUUUGGAGGCCCUCGGCAUUGCGGCUUCCGACCAGAUGUACGGUGGUGAGAAUUGGGGUGCUGAGGUCUCAACUUCCUCCAUCAAUCCCUUAAACUGGACUCGUUCCUACAGCCGAACCGGAUAUCUCGACCCGCUGGCCGACCAAGGCAACUACGACGUGCUCGCCAAUGCCCAUGUCACUCGCAUUCUCUUCGACAGUUCUUCUCCCUCCGACAACCUCACGGCUAAUGCUGUCGAGUACACCACUGAUGGUGGAGCUACUACGUUAACUGUCAACGUGACCAAGGAGGUUAUCCUGGCGGCUGGUACGGUCGGCAGCCCCGCUGUCCUGCUCUAUAGUGGUGUUGGCCCCAAGGACGUCCUUUCUGAUGCUGGUGUUGACCUUGUGUCUGAACUCCCGGGUGUUGGCCAGCACUUGCAGGAUCAUUUCAGUGCCACCGUGACCUGGACCACCGACGUGGAGACUGCGGGUUCUAUCUACUAUGAAAAUCUUACCGAGAAGGCUGAUCCCCUUUUUUACUCGUACAUCGAUUCUGCCAUCGCGUACGUGAAUGCUUCCUUCUUCUACGGCAGUGAUGUCGAUAAUAUGGAGGCAACAAUACUGGAUUCAAUCGACCAGUAUGCACCCAAUACCACCUAUGACGCUGGGGUCGUUGCUGGCUACAAGGCAAUUUGCAAUACCACGGCAUCCAAGAUCAUGAAGAGUCCUACAGGCCUCAUUGAGUUGCUCUUUAUGAACAGCGCUGCUAGUGGUGUUAUUGGUAUUACUGCCGCGCUGCAGCACCCCUACAGCCAAGGCCGUAUCUACAUAAACUCCUCUGAUCCAAUGGCCUACCCCGUCAUUGACCCGAACUAUCUGAACAACACCGCUGAUUACGAGAUCCUCCGCGAAGGCCUCAAGUUGGCACGUCGCCUGGGUGAAACUUCCCCGUUGAGCAGCAAUCUCACCGGCGAAACAGCUCCAGGUUCAUCCGUCCAGAGUGAUGACGAAUGGCUGGACUGGCUGCGUGCCGAGGCUAGCUCCGAGUUCCACCCUUCGUCUUCCUGUGCAAUGCUCCCUCGUGAACAGGGUGGUGUAGUCGACGCGAACCUUCGCGUGUAUGGCCUCGCAAACGUCCGCAUCGCAGACGCCAGUGUCCCUCCCAUUGCCCUGUCCACGCAUCUGAUGGCUUCAACUUACGGGUUGGCCGAGCAGGCGAGCAACAUCAUCCGGGAAUUUUACAACCCAAAGUCCACAACAACAAAUUCCUCCACCAGCGCCGCCUCAAGUGGCAGCACUGUCGAUCCCGCGAAAAAGAGCAACGAUAGCCCGACUGGCUACAAGGACACUUUACCCUUCGGGAUCUGGAUAUCCGCCAUGCUUGUGACAGUGCAUGUUGCGGUCGCCUUGAACCUGUUCCUUUAG